AUGACAGCGGUGGCCACGGGGUUUACGAGGACCGUCCCUCCCAGGAAGACACCAACCGACACCGCCUCCUGCUCCUCCUGCCUGGUCGCUGAGGGCCGUCCUGGACCACAGUCCACGUCUGAUAUAGUGGGUGAUCCUGUGAUCCAAAGUGUUAGUCAGGGGGUCGUCCCAGUCACGCUGACCGGGCCUUGGUGGUCGUUGCGUGGAGGCGGCAGCUCAGGAGGUGGUGGUGGGCUGGGGACAGUGGCAGGCCUAGGGGUGGGGGCAUGGCCGUGGGGGGGCCGCAUCCCGUCCUCCACCCUGCACCGGGACAGGCGCUGGGGCUGGGGGUCCUGGGGCGGGGGUUCAUCCAGGGGAGCUCCCAGACUGUCCGAGCUCAGGCCAUGGCUGAGCGGAGGGGCGGUCGCAGCGGCAGGAGGCGGAGGUAGUACUGGGGGAGGAGGCGGGACGGAGAAAGGAGGCAGGGUGAGAUGUUCACGCAGGCUCUGGGUUCUCCUUGGCUCGCUGGUUCUCGUCUUUCUCACCUCGCUAUUCUUCUCCGUGUCACUCCGUGGGGGUGUCGGCUUCAACUACCUGGAGCCGCCUGGGUGGGAGGAGUCAAGGCGGGUGAAGUUAGUGCCAAGCUACGUGGGUGCACACAGGCUUUCACCACCCGACACCACGCAGCAGAAGACCUGUGCCUGCCCACGCUGUGUCGGAGACCCCGGCGUUUCUGAUUGGUUCGAUGAGAACUACGACCCGGACAUCUCACCUGUGUGGACCAGAGACAACGUCCAGCUGCCCUCUGAUGUCUACUACUGGUGGGUGAUGUUACAGCCCCAGUUUAAGCCCCACAGCAUCCAGCAGGUGUUGCUGAGGUUGUUCCAGGUGAUUCCCGGGAGGUCGCCAUACGGCUCGUGGGAUCCGGGACGCUGCCUGCGCUGCGCCGUGGUGGGGAACUCUGGAAACCUCCGCGGGGCCGGAUAUGGGGCGACCAUUGAUGGACACAACUACAUCAUGAGGAUAAACCUGGCCCCCACGGUGGGCUAUGAAGAAGAUGCCGGCAGCCACACCACUCACCACUUCAUGUACCCGGAGAGCGCCAAGAACCUGGCAGCCAACGUCAGCUUCGUCCUGGUUCCGUUUAAAACGCUGGAUCUUGUCUGGAUCACGAGCGCUCUGUCCACGGGCCAGAUUCGAUUUACUUACGCUCCAGUGAAGCAGUUCCUCCGUGUAGAUAAAGACAAGGUCCAGAUCUUCAACCCAGCAUUCUUUAAAUACAUCCAUGACCGCUGGACCAGACAUCAUGGGCGCUACCCCUCCACUGGCAUGCUAGUGCUGUUCUUUGCGCUGCACGUCUGUGACGAGGUGAAUGUGUUUGGGUUCGGAGCAGACAGCCGAGGAAAUUGGCACCACUACUGGGAACAAAACCGCUACUCUGGAGAGUUCAGGAAGACUGGCGUCCACGACGCCGACUAUGAAGCCCAGAUCAUCCAACGGCUGGCCAAGGCUGGCAAGAUAACUGUAUUCCCUGGGAAAUAACCAGCAAAUCAGCCUGUGUAUCUAAUGUUUCAACACUGCAGGCAACAGACACUAUAGAGGCCGCUUAGAACGUGUUAGAUAUUCUCGCUUUCACUUACCCACACCGGUUUAGGCUCCCAGUUUGAAGUAAAUGCUUACAGGAAGUGAGACGCAAUGGUCAUGAAAUGGUACCAAACAAUCCUAUUCCAUUUACUUUCCUUCAUAUUCCAGAGGUUGCCCACCAGUGGAGGCUCUGAUUGAAGAACAUGGUGUGUAGACUCUUAGGAACCAGGAACAGAGAACAUCCAAAUGUUGUGCUCACUGUGGACUGAUCUAAAAGUGGCGGUUGAGCCUUAAAUUUGACAAUAGACGUAUUGUCUCUUAGUAGUUUUCAAGGUUUAACCUCUAAUGGCCAGUGCAAGACCACAUAUUGCUUUUCUGGGGGCAGCUUCAACUUAGGGGUGAUAAAGAAGAGAAGGCUGGACAGCAGGAAAACUUAACCAGUCACCACAAAUACAAAUGACCGUGUGCAGCAGAGAGAGAGAGCCAGAGAGAGGGAGAGAUUUCACAUGCAAGCGUCCCACUUCUGGACUCACCUUGGAUGAGUGUCCAAUCCUCAUCCAUUAACAACAUAUACAGUAUGCUGCACACUGAAAAAGCCACAGAAACAGCACCGUCAGCAUCUGGUAGACUAUUGUUCUACAGCUAUGUGGUGUCUGAAAGUAAUAGAGUGGGUAUAAAAGUACAGUUCUUCACCCUCUAAGCACGAGGCACUUUUCUGUAGGCCUGCAGACUAGACUGACACAAACUGUGGAGCUGUCAAAAGCCACUGUGCUGUUGAACAUUUUGAACCCUAGGCCAUGACUUCCUUGAGAAAGAGUUGUUUUUCUUAAGUCCUUUACGAGGCCAAACCUCACCUUCCACUUUCCACUGUCACAUCCCCACUUUAUGUGAGUUCUCCCUCACAAGACAGCAUUGCAAGGACCUUGUCUGACUGAGAUGGCUUGUAAAAUGGUUUGGUUGUAAGAUGAAAGGUGAUUGCUGUGAGUUUAUAUCGUUUGGCUGUCCUCUAAACCCCUUGGGUCCCCACCAGGCUUAGCAAGGCCUCCACACCUCGCCGCAGACUCACAGAAACGCGAUCAAGACUUUUGCCUUUCAGCCAUUCUGUCGACUCAGAAAGAUCACUGCAGCACAAGCAUGAGCUUCAGCUUCUGUAGAGCCAGCUAACCUGGUUUCAAACAUUGUGGCGACCGGAGGCCAAUCUUUCUUCACAGGGACACAGGGAGAAGUGUUGUGGGAGAGUGUUGGUUGGACUGUGUGUGACUCUAAUGAGGCCAAAAGUCCGUCUCCUGGGGUUUCAUGUGUGGAUGGAGGCAUGCUGGUUUUUGGACUGGAGUUUCAUCCCCAUGUGGUCUGUCAGGGUCUAAUUUGGGAGACGAGGAGACAGAGAGCUAGGGCAUGAGGAACCAGUCUGACAACAGCAGCAUGAGAAACAUUUUGCUCCAGUAUUUUUAAGGGUGAAAAGAAAAGAUGUUGGUUUAUGAACAGAAACUUGUGCUUCUAUACAAACUGUACUGGGUUCACCGCUUUGGUUUUGAAAGGACUGAGACACAAAGGGACCGUGCUCUGUCUCUUUUCCCUUUCACAGACCUGACUCCUGUAUCCCAGUGGAGUUAGAGACUGUCAGUGACAUUUCUACCAGAUUAAGGCUCAUGUAAUGGGGUGAAAGAAAACCCCAACAAACCCCAACUGGAUCUGGGAACUCUUUAACCCGUCAGCAGCUCGGCUUCAUUAACCACUAGCCCUGGUCCCCGCUCAGCCAAUUAAAACUUCAGCUAUGUCUGGAGGGGGUGGAGCCACCAGACGCCUUAGACUCCAUCUCUGUACUGCAUAAACUGCACUUCCUGUUCUGAUUUUAAUGUUAAUGGCAUAUCCCCCUGCAGACUGCAGCAGAUCUCAUUUGUUAGUUUUAUGUACUGUUAAGCUUUGAGUUUACACUUUGGCUGGAUUUAUACUGUCGGCUCAGAUUAGACUUCCACCCAGGUGGCACAUUAAUGGUUUUUAUCAUGAUUUGGUAUCCCCAAACAAUGCCCAUUUACACAUUAAUAGCCUCCAUUGUAAGUUAUUUCUAUCUUUAACAAGGAGGCACAAACAAGUAUCAAUCGUGGAUGUGCAGCCAGACAGUGUUGAAAAAACAGAAACGUCAGUGGAAAACAGACAAUGUGUGCCACAGAGAGAAAGGAAAAUAACAGUAUUUGGUUUAACCUGAGGCUGUAAAUCCAUCCAAAGAUGCCAUGACAGAGGUGUUAAUCAAGAAACAGCUGGUGGCUGAUUAAGGAGAGUACUCAGGGUUCCUACGCAGGUCUGGUAAAUUUGGAGAAGUGGUGACUGAAUAAGACUUUUAAGGUGCGAUAAGUAAUUUUACACCAAACACGUAUGCAUGACUUUGAACACUUGUUGAUUGGUAUUAAUGACUCAACAGCAACUUUAUGUUAGGCUGAGAGCUCUGGCUUUUAAAACUCACUUCCCAGACUACAUUCCAUUUAAGAACAAAUUAAUAUUUAUGUCAGUUACAGGGUACUAAGUAUUUGUUGGUUCACCAGGAUACACACAAUGUCUUUUGGUGAGUAAGAGUGAAUGUAAACGGAAACUCCACAGAGAAAAAACUCCUUAGCUAUUAUUUAUUAAGAGUUUAACAAAUAAAAAGCACUUAUCUGUUUCAUCAGGACUGUGUGGGUGGAGUUUGACCAGUUUGAUAUGGCCCGACUAGCAAACAACUAGGGCUGGGUACCAGUACUUGAUACCUUUAAGGCAUCAACAGAAAUAAUGCACUACCAAGUAAUAUCGAAAAAUCUCCGGUCAAAUAAUACCUGCUUUCAUUCUUUUUGUGCCAGGGGUCUGAAACCAGACCAUCCUGACUCCCUGCCAGAUGAAACUUUCUGUUGUUGUCUCCGAAGUCACUCUCCUCCUGCUCAGUUCCAUGUAUGCCCAGUUAGCACAGGCUAAAGCAGGAUUUAUACUUGUGCCUCAGCUCUAAGCAGAGCUGUAGCCUAUGCACGUGGUCUACACCAUUGUGAGCAUACUUGUGCAGUGGUGUUUCUCUUCAGUUACACCUCCAAACCACUAGUCGGCAGUGGGGUUUCUGUGAAAUGCUGAAAACUUUAGUUGAUUCAAAACACACAUUAAACAUGGCUUAAUGGAGACAAUUUCAAACACAAGUACACAAAUGGGCUUUGUUAUAACUUGCAGGAUUCACAGACAAAACACUUGUCUUUUGCUGGACAGAUAUUCAUGCUAAUGUUAUUAGCAUGUAAUUGGAAUUUUACAUUGUAUAAAUUAGCUUAGCCGCUAGCUAACAUUUCCUCUACCCAUAUGAAGCCAGAGACAAAAGCAACAUUUAACAAAGGUAACGUUACAAAAAUAAGCUCCAUUACAACUCACUAGGUUGACCAACAAAACAACUGUCUUAUACUAACAAGUUUUCCAAACAAAUACAACACACUAACGUUAUUAGCACAAGCCUAUGGCAUUUUACAUUGUAUAAAUUAGCCUAGCAACUAGUGGGGAUUUCCUCUACUCAUAUGAAGCCAGGAAAAAAAUCACACACAAGACAUAAAAUACUUCUUUGUGGAGGAUUUAUUAUCUUCAAUUCAUUGUUUCUUAUCUGUGAAAUAAAAUAAGUCAAUUGUUUGAGCUUACAAAAACAAACAGGAGGUCUGCGUUGCUGUGGCGUGUAGUUACAUUUCUGGGGAGGUGCACGUCAGGCUACAGUGUAGGGUACGGCAUAGCCUCUAUGUUGACACAGAGCCCUACACCAUAGGUACAGCAUUGAUUCGAAGCAGAAGUAUAAAUCCCGCCCAACACAGCAGCAGCGCUAACAUCCACCCCCGAGCCAUUAAACAGAUUCAAACUCACAUUCACACCAAAAUGGCAUGACUCUGUCAUUAAACCCAUUAUUAACUGUGAUGCUAACAGUUAGCCCUGUCACUGUGUGUGAGCGGCUGGUGAACUUUUACAAAGUGUACCUGGAGAGAAGCUCACACCACUGGUGUGGUGAAGGUGAGCACGAUGAUUCGUAUGUAGAUAUAAAUGGUUCAUUCUAAGGUAAUAAAAAAACAACGAUUCUUAUUUUCAGGUGAUUAUAAACUAAUGAAAACAUAGUUAUGAAUAUGACAUUCCAUUUCUACCAUUAGAUGCUCCAAGAUCCUAAACCCUGGACCUUUAAUGCUCCUUUAAAACUUUAAGAAAACUAUAGUUACAGCUAAAAGUUUACCAGAACUUCACUGAUAUUUUUUUCCUUUAGAAGGAGUCGUGUGUUGUGUCCGUGACUCAUAAUGUGCUAUACAGUGAGCUAAAAAGAACUUAUCUGCCACCUCCAGAAAUGGUGAAAGAGAUAGCUACAUCUGUGAAUAGAAGCUGUGUAGGAACCGUGAGUGCCAGCCACUGCAGCAGAUGCUACUGUCAUGUGAAAUAUCACUUGUGUAUGUGUGACAACAUUGCUGAAUGCACCUUUCUCAGUGUGUUGUUAAAAGUUAAGGGAUUUAACCACAAUGUUAUGAAGCCUUUCAUUUUUUUUUUUACAUGCAGUGCAACCAGCUGAGAAAGGUUUGAGGUAGGCGCACGCGCACACACACACUCUCACACACACACACACACACACACACACACACACACACACACACACACACACACACACUUAAAGUGAGAAGGGUCGAGGUGUCAUACCACCCCCAGCAGGUGAUGUGAAGAACUGUGCCUCCUGUGCUGAUAUCAGUUCUGUUGGUGUUUUACUGUGUUAUCUUUGGACAAUAUUGUGUAUCCACACGUGACUCUAAUGUAUUACUGUUGUUCUCUAUAUGCUUUCAAUGUUUUUAUCCUACUUUGCACAUUACAGAUUUUAUAGGAUGCUUUAGUGUUGAACUGGGCUCACUUCAAGAGUCCGUGCGGCUGUAUCUGGACAUAUUGUUUGUGUUUCUCUGUCUCUCUCUCACACACACACACACACACACACACACACUUUCAUGCUUUCGUGCCUUGUCCUGCUGCUGGACGUUUCUGGCCUACAGCUGCUCCAUCGGCAAAACACACACCUGCUACCUUUGCUUUUUUUUCUUUCUUUUUUUGGUCACACACACACUGUCAUGUCUUUUGGCUGAGAGCUGUGCCUUCUGAGCUGCGCACACACACACACACACACACACACACACCCCUACAUGAAGACACACUCUGCCUUCUGCUCGGGGUGCAGACGCCCCCCGCUCUUCACUCCUUACUGCUUUGUGCUCUGACGUUGUUUUCUAAAGAUGGCUGUAGGCUAAACAAGAGGAUGUAAAGUGGUGAUGCAGUGUGACUCGCUGUGAAUCCAUAUUAGGGCAUUUGCUACUUUUUUGAACAUAUAGCGUAUACUUUCCAGGCAUAUCUGCUUUUUUAGAUAACAUUCAGUGAGGAAUGGCAGGAGAGAUGGCAGACAUAGAGGGUAAUCCGCUGGAUUUGAGCCCACAAAGUUGCAGGUACACAGUGACUGUAGAACAGAAGAUGACAAAGCGUCUAAAGGUUUAGACAUAUCAGUGUACCGCUGCUUUCGCGGUUCGGCGUUUUUCUCAGAGUUGUCAGCUACUGUGGUCCUGCGUUAUUGAUGUUUGUUUCCCAAGAUGCUCCUUCUAACUUCAAAAGGAAUGUGUAAAUUGUUUUGGAGAUAACGUGGCUCUCUGGCAGCAGAAUAACACUUUGCUAUCGCAUUCUUGCAGCCCACAGUGGGUAAGAAAAGUCUUAAUAGUCUACUGUGCCCCCAAACAAGGUGAGACCCCGUUCCAGCACGGAAACAGUUAUCAGCAUCCUCAAUUUCUCCCAGUUGUAAACCAGAACAUUGAGAUCAGAUAGAGGUGGAGGCAGGGUGAUCCCUCUCUGCUGUGCUAGCCUGAAUUAGAGUGGAGGUUUUACAGCACAUGACACAGAUCUGAGAGUGUUCCCUGUAGCAUUUAUAACCCAAAAUAGGUCUUUUCUCCUGUCGCCAACCCAAUACACUGAUUUUUUUUUUUUUGGUCCUCGGGAGUUGAUUCUCAAAAUAAUUGAAAGACACACCACUUUUUCAGGUCACUGCCUGUGCCAUGGCUGUGUGAAGAACAUCCAUCUAGAAAUAAAGAGCUGCAUCUGGUGAGAGCAUUUUGGGAAACACGGUCCUUGAUUGUGAUGGUCAGAUCAGAUGUCCAGGAGCAGGAUGUUUUCUCAGGUGAAAUCUGAAUGUGUGGUUAAGUCCUCUGAUAACACUGACAGAAACAAAUGACAGCCAACUUGCGUGUUGAGUUUCUGUCACAAAUUAAACCGGACUGAUUUUCUUUUUAGCAUUGUGUUUAUUUCUUGAAAUUCCCGGCCAGACUCGCGCAAAUUAUCCCCACACUAACAUCAUCCAUCUUUGUUCUACUUUGCUGUCAGUGGAAUCCAGGUUCCUUUCACAUCCAGGACUAUUUUUACACCGUUUAGUCUCACACACUGUGUGCUGAGGCACAUUUCAGUAAAAGCCACAAACACUCAAUCACUGAUUGCCUGAAAAUGUGUUAUUGAGCCUUGUAUGAUUGCACAAAGCAGAAAACCCAAACCACUGGAGUUUACCACAAUUUCCAUUUUCCUGGAUCGAAAGGGAGGCACAUUAAACUCAUUAAAUUACAUUUUUAUGGGGUAAUUAAACAGGAUGAGUGCAGAAAUGAACACAGUCUGAUAGCACACCUGUUCAGCUCGGAAAAAGUGGACACUGAUGUUUUUAUGUCAGAGGGAGAAUAUCUGAACAGCAUCUCAAUGGGGUCACUCCUGUUUCCAGGGUCCUAUGUUCCCCAGAUUUAUGGCACAUUAUGGGAACAUGACAAAGGGCUUUGUGUUUCCCUGGGUCAUAAUGUGAACCUGAAAAAGAUGUUGCCCAGCUCUGCAUUUGCUUAAUAUGGCAUGGGCUAGGGUUGGGUUAGGGGACUAUAAUCAUGACUCUGAGAAUCAUGGAAUUGCUCUGGAGUUGGCUGUAAUGGUACAUGCUUUACCUGGUGAGCUACCAGGGCGCCCUAGUAGUUACUAGGAAAUCAAUAGCAGUUGACUUUUGCUAUCUCAAACAGGGCGGGGUUAGGAAAUAGGUUGAGGGUCAGGUUAGAUUAUUUAUGAAAUAUCUGAGGUAAAAUUUGUAAGACAAUAGGAGAGUUAAUCUGUGUAAACAGAAUAUUGGACCUUAACAUAAGACCUUGCGAACAUAGGACUUUCGGGAAAACAUGGCACUCGGGGAACAUUGGAUAUUCAGAACAUUCGACUCUUGGAACAUAGGACCUUGGGAACACAAGACCCUUGACAUAUAGAUAGCCUCCCUACAUGCAUCUACAAUUAAAUGAGUAAUUACACGAGUAGGGUUAUACCACUCAUGCACACACAUCUGUGUUAAAUUAAAGGCUACAGCUGGGAGACAGCUUAGCUUAGCUUAGCUUGAAGACUGGUGCUAGCCAGCUAGUCUGUCCAAAAGGUAGCUAACUAAUAGUCUGUCACAUAACCUUCCGAUAAACCUACAAAUUGUUUUUACACUUCUGUUUUGUACAGAAUAAACAAUAAGAUAUAACUCGUGAAGUAGUGAGUUUAACAAUCUAGUGUGUAGGAUUUAGUGCCAUCUAGCGGUGAGGUUGCAGAUUGCAACCAACUGAAACUUUUCUCAUGUGCCGAGCAUGUAGGAGACAGUGACCAAUGCAAAUGGCCCUAUCAAGGGCCAGUGUUUGGUUUGUCCGUUCUGGGCUACUGUAGAAACAACAUGGCGGACUCAGUGUAAGAGUACCAUCUCCAUGUAUAAACAGCUCAUUCCAAGCUGACGAUAACGUGACAAUUCUUAGUUUUAGGUGCUUAUACACUAAAGAAAACAUAGUUAUGAAUAUUGUAUUCCAUUUCUGCCAAUAUAUCCCCCUAAAUCCUACACACUGCACCUUUAAGAGGAGCCAGUAGGCUAAUAGCAUUACAAAUCUUUGCUAAUAGUUAUCUUUGGACAGACUAGGCGAGCUGUUUCCAGUAUAUGCUAACUGUGAGAGUGGUAUCAAAUAACUGUCUGAGGAAAACAAGCAAUUUUCUUAAAAUGUCAAAGUAUGUUUUUGCUAUGUUAAGGGCAAACUAUGUUUUCUUUUGUUUUCUAGCUGUAGUACUUACAGCUUGAUUACUCGGACAUGUUGAUAAGAACCUACUGAAUGAAAGUAAACAGAAAAUCAGAAAAUUGGAUUAAUUUGUGGUUGUCUGGCAGUGUCUCCAGCUGUAACAAAAGAGAAUCGGUGCCAGACAAAAGGAAAUCACAGCCCUCAUGGCUGGAAAAUUACUUUAAUACCACUUAAGUCUCCUCAACCUGUGUCUAUCCAGUUGCUAUGGUUAAGGAGGCUGCAGCUUGGUGUCAUUCUGUGGUAAUGAAGAAUAGAUUUCUGCAGCAGGCACAGAUAUGUAACUGAAUGUUGGAGAGAAAGCUGCAAGGAACAAAUGCAUCCUGAUCAAAACACUGCCGGCUCAGGCUGUUGGCAUCGUGACAUGGCCUGCGACUGUUUUCAGCGUGCAGCGGUGUUUGAGGCUGAGGUGAGGACAGCCUCAGGCAGCUCUUUACUCAUCAGUUCACUGGUCUGCACUGAACAGAAGCAGCUCUUUAGCAGCAGUCACUGAGCUGCAGACUGCACAUAUCAGACUGUCGCUGUGGAUUGUAACGCUAACUUUCACACCUCUGUCAGCUAUUGUGCUAGUACUCUCAAUCAAGUAUGAACUAUCAAGUAGGAUUAAAGGCUGCUUAGUGAAUAGAUCUGCCACAACAGCAAACUUACUGGUGGCUCGUUUGAAACAGAUACUGUAGGAAAAGGAGUAGUCCAAGGAUUUAGAGUUUGGAUGGGUGAAAUAUUUUCAUGUGGGUGGUUUUCUGCUGUCUGGAUCUGUCAUCAUCAUCUAGUCCUGCUUAAAUGUCCCAUUCUUAAGUAGCACUACCUUGCGGACAAGGUAGUACACAUGUAUUUACUACAUGGAAACAUCUGUAUGAUAUGUGAUCCGACUCUU